AUGUCUUCGGUGGGCUGGUACUGUCUUCUCUUCUCCUCUGUGUUUGUGUGUUACUGGGUGCCAUCAGGCUGCUAUGCCAAUGGUAAAGUCACCAAAGCCUGUGGGAGCAUGGAACCCAAGCACGGUGCCCCGGCUCAGACCACACAAAGUCCUUACCACCUAACAACCAACACCAGCACCUUCAGCCCCGGAGAUCAUAUCCAAGUCAAUCUAUUUGGAACAUCACAUUUUGAGGGCUUCCUGCUUCAGGCCAGAGAUGCAGCCAGUCAGGGCUCAGCAUCCACCACCGGCAGCUUCACCCUGACCAAUCCACACAGGACACAGCUGCUGACCUGUAAUAAGCAGAAGGGUUCAGCAGUGAGCCAUACGAGUAAAGACAAACAGACAGAAGUUGUUGUCAUCUGGAAUGCUCCCAAAGAUGCUCCCAGUGAGGUUGAGUUUUUUGUGACUGUAGUCCAACGCUACAAUGUAUUUUGGGUGAAGCUGCCUGGACCAAUAAUCUAUCACCAUGGUGUGACACCUCGCCCACCUCAGUCAACCACUACACUUGCUCCAGUACAGACGACCACAUCCUCUCUCCUGCCAGGACCUUUCACGUCUGACAGCUGCGGCCAAUCUAAAUCCUGCCUGCUAGACCCUGUAGGCUGUGAUCCAGAAGAUCCUCACUGCUUCUUCUUGUCCAUGACGACAGAGGGACCAGACAAAACGUCUGUGAUGUUUGAGCUGAGUGGCCCAGCGGAGGGAUAUGUGGCCUUUGCUCUAUCUUGGGACACAUGGAUGGGCAAUGAUGAUGUGUAUAUGUGUGUAAAAGAUGGGGACAGAGUCUCAGUGAGUGCAGCCUUCGUCAGCGGACGAACACAUCCUGAGGACCAGACACAGGCUGGACUUUCCUCAGUAUCAUGGCGGCUGGCAGAUGGAACCAUCCAGUGCAGGUUCAGUAGACCGGUCAAAAUUGCCAAUCAGGAACCAGGCCGCUAUGACCUGGACCAAGAGUACUUUCUGUUUCUAGCCAGCGGACAUGCUCAGUAUGGUAAAAUAUGGAAACAUGAUCAACAACCAUUAGUGUCCAUCCACAGGAAACGUAUCACAGGCCCCUCUGAGGUACUAACAGGCUCCAGAGGACCCACCAUAUUGAAAGCACAUGGUGUACUUAUGCUGUUAGCAUGGAUGCUAACUGGGAGUGUUGGUACCUUCAUCGCCAGUUUCUAUAAACAGGUUUGGCCAAAUAAAACUCUGUAUGGACAGAAAGUCUGGUUCCAGGUUCAUCGAGGACUAAUGAUGCUAACUAUGACGCUGACCAUUGUUGCCUUUACCCUACCUUUUAUCUACAGGAAAGGUUGGAGCAAGGUAAAUGAACACACACAGACACACACUCAUGCUGCAUGUUGUGUCAUGACAUUAACUCUGAUUCAACCAAUAACAGCUGUGUUCAGACCAAGACCUGACUCUCACAGGAGAUAUCUCUUUAACUGGGCCCACUGGGGACUUGGAUCUCUGACUGAGAUCAUGGCAAUGGCGACCAUGUUCCUGGGUACACGUCAAUCAUCACUGCUCCUCCCCCAGCCAUGGGCGACGUAUGUUUUGAUUGGCUAUGUGACAUGGCUGGCCUCAUUCAGAUUCAUGCUCCUGAUUCACAAACACUUUCACAUCAAAAAAGCACUAGGUUCAGAUGACCUAAAGGAAAUCUAUUCUGGGAAAUCAGAACCCUCUACCUGGAAUCCAGAACAAGGUCCUGUCUAG